AUGACCAUCCUUGUUUCAGCAUUUUCCCUUUUGCUCUUCUCUCUUGUGCAUGUUUCUGCUCAAAAGUGCUGUUUCCCUAUUUCAGCGAGGCGCCUGGAAGGACAGAGAGAAUUGAGCUUGCCUGAUCCUUGUGACCCAGACACCAACGGAUGCUUGAAUUAUGACGAAACCUGUGCAUUGACAACCGGGACAUGGGCUGGUGACUGGUUCGACUUUCACGGGGAAUGCGACCUCGUGUUGUUGAAAGCUACAGAGUUUGGACUUGGAUUGGCCAUAGAAGUUUCAAGUGCGCACAACGAUGCGCUAUGA